AGUUCUUUUAUUCGGCAAAUGACUUCUACCACUAGGGCUGAGGCAAUCUAACCUUCAAAACAGGGACCCCCCAGAAAAUGCUAUUCCUACAUAGUUAGGAAUUAGUUUAAAACAACAGCAUAACGAGAAGAAAAGAAGCUUUGAGUGUGAACAUUUUAAUGGCUUCUUUUUAUGUGUUCUCCUAAGUGAUUUCAUGCACGUGUUUGAAAUAAUUUGGCUAAGAUAUUCCACCCCUCCUUUCUGUGAGGGAUUGGUAUGCCCCAGGGACAGAUGUCUUCAGAUCUUUUAACAUUUGGGAUGUCGCUAAUGCCCAAGUUAAAUGAAAUACCUAGUGGGGGUUGGAGGGAAAUUUAGCAAAAGCACCAAGAACAUGGAAGCUGCAGCAGCAGCACAACUCUCAUGCCUUCCAGGAAGUUAAUGGAGAAGCUCAAAGAGAACCACUUCCUCCUUAAAAGAGUGAGGCAGUACUGGGAAGAGAGAAGGAAGGGACUGGAAACGUGAACAAAAACUGCAUGCAGUUGCAGUAACUUGGAUAUUAGGAACAAACCUCCCCGAUCUUCCUCUCAGUAGCAAGUACUUGGAAGCAAAGCCCACUAAAGCAGAAGACGUUACAGCAUUUUCCAGGCGUGAUCAUACUGUCUCUCUCCACAUCCUGAGUUUGACCAUGAAGAGUAAGAAUAAAGAUGAGACCAGCGAUACAGACAGUGGCAUCAUAAUCCAGUCCGGUCCUGAUAGCCCCAUGGCUGCAAUGAAGGAUUUGACACAAGCCAUGAGGAAGCAGCAAAAGGCCCUUGAGGAACGCCUGGAAGCCUGUUUACAGGAACUACGAAGAUUGUGUUUGCGCGAAGCAGAAUUGACAGGAAUGCUGUCUUCAGAGUAUCCCCUGAAGCCAGGAGAGAAACCCCCGAAGGUCCGCCGUCGAAUUGGUGCUGCUUUCAAAUUGGACCAAAAGGCUAUUCUUUCAGGAGCAGAUCCGCUGAGCACAUUAGAGAGAGAUCUGGCUCUGCAGCUGCAGAUUGCUGAAGCUGCUCGGUGUCUUUCCAAAGAAGAAAAUCUUGCCAAGCAGGUUCGAAAACGGCGGAAAAGUGCUGUUUUGAAAGAGGAAAAGAAACUGAAGGAGCUGGAGCAAGCGCUCAGUGACUAUCGCCUGGCAUCCAAACAGCCGUCCCAGCUAAAGACCAUUGCUCCAGCUUUAUUAGAAGGGUUCAGUGCCCCUGAUGAACCUUCCUUGUUGGAUGUGACUGUGAGAGGAGAAGAAGCCCCUGUGGUGAAUCCUCACCUUCCAACAAAAAUUACACCUUGGACACAAAUCCAGUCUCACCACAGUCCUUCAUCGCAGCUUUCCCCUCUUGGCUUUCUAGAAGAUUCAACUCAUUAUCCAGCUGCUGAAGUGGAGUCUUCUCCCAUCCAGAAUAGCCCUUGGAAAGAAACUAGUUUGGACAAGCCCUAUGAGAAGCCCAAGAAGUCGAUGGGGUCCAACAGCACGCUGAGCACAGCAAGCAUAAUGUCCCCACCAGCACUCAGCCCUUCCAUUCACAGGGCAGUUGAGACACAUCUGUGUCACUUAGAUCCUCCUAGGAAGCUGGAAGUAAGAAGACAGGCUGGUUCCAGUGCUCCUCCAACCCCAGAAUUCCCGGGAAGGAGAGGACAGUCUCAGCUGAUAAGGGUAUGUUCCACUCGGGAAAGUUUGGAAUCCCGUGGAAGAAGUGCACUACCCAGGCGACGCCCCACCUACUAUACCGUGACUGUCCCUGAGUUCUGUUUCUCUGCAUCAAACCCCAACCCUGCUCCGAAAGCCAAUUUUCACUCUGCUUCAGAAGAUAGCAGUUCAGAUGUCUCCAGCAUCUCUUACACAACAUCUGCCGGCAGCAGCAGCCCAGACAUUUCCUUUAUGAAGCCGGCAUCUAUAAUGUCCAAGGAGGAGCCAAUGCAGCUGUUCCAUAGCCAGGUCUGCAAGGGACAAGAAGCAGAAUACCACCGUCUGUGUCCUCAGAACCUGCAUUCAGGGCCAGGCUUUUUUCCUGCCACAGAACAUGUGCCCAGUAGCCACCUGACUGCUGGGAGAGAGCUCUGCCGUGGUCGGCCAUCUUUUCUCUCUGGCAACUCAGCUCACUUUGCCUACAAGGAAGAAACGGUGCCAGUUAAAUUCCACAGGUCAGUUGUAUCCCACAGCAGGGUAGUUCGUACGCCAUCCCUGAAGGACUUUGUUCCAGUGGGUCCACGGGUUCUCUCCAAGGCGGCAGUGACAGAAGAGUUAAAAUCCUGGCACGAACGAACCCGGCUGCGCAACGCGCGUCCACAUUCACUGGAUAGGCAAGGAACUUUCCGUGUGCGCAGUAUGCCAGGCAGAGAAUUGCAUUCUCCGUGUUCCUUGGGGCAUACAAUUCAGGUACCUCGUAUCCAUAUCCUCAAACGCUCUCCUGAAGGAGCCCCUGUGCAGGUCUACGUCCCGGAAAAUGGAGAAAUCAUUACUCAGGUUUAGACCCUGGAAGCAUGAGCAGGAUGAUUACCUCUUAGGCCCUUGUCUGGGAGGGGAAGAAGAGGCCUUAAUUCAAGUCUUGACACGUUCUUGCACCUUGUGCUCCUUCUAUUUGGAAGAGAAACUUUGGGACUUGUUCUGCAAGUUACGUGAGACCGUGUUCCUAUGAUGAAUUGAAACAGUGUACUGAUGACAACAGAAUUUAUGUUUCUUGUAUUAUGUGAAAUAUAAAUCAAAGUAAUUAGGGUUUGUCUGCCUAUUUAUUCCCUUAGGUCUGUGCUGGAAACAACUUUAGAGUGUCUAUAGAUUAUGGAAAUGAAAUUAGUGUAGGAUUUUUGUAGUCAGAGCUAUUUCUGACUACAACUUACUUUCUGGUGGAAAUAGAAUGUAUGUGUACCUGCCCAGGUUCCUUCCCAAUUACUGGAUUUGCUUUCUUUGUUCCGAAAGAAAGCUACCCAAUGCAGCCAAUGGUACUUCAUGCUCUGUUCUGUUAUUCUGCCUUUCUUUAGACUAAUGUAAUUCACAAAUCUGUGGACCUGUGUAUGAAUCCUUAUUUUCAGUUUUAAUGGAAUUUUGUAUUAAAAAGAGGUCCAUUUUGAUGGAUGAACUAAAACUUAUCGCUCAACUUUUGUAUGCAAUCCUCAUUAAAUUAUGGAACCGGGGUUGCCUAUAUAGAACAAAUUGCAUGUCACAUAGCUGAUAAUCAUCUAGCACUGAGCCAGACAACCAGCUUUAAUUUUAUUGCAGAAGAGAUUAAUGACUGGUUUAUCGGCUGUAGGAAAACAAGUCGCUAUUUACUGACCUCUUUUGCAAGAAACAAGAUGGUUUACAUAAAGACAUACGCAGAGCCAGCCAGAAACUAGUCUCAUAGAUUCAUACGGUAAUUCAACAAUAAACUCAGCAAUCUUAGAGUUGA